UGAAAAGAAUGUAUAUCACCGUAUUUGUGACUGCAGAAUUUCGAAAGCCAUGGAAAAAAAAGAGAAAGUGAAAACUGCAUCUCCAGGACCCAGCUGUGUGUCUAUGAGGAGUACAAACUCCAUGUUCUCACCUCCUGAAUUGAGUGUUGAUACCAUGACCUCUGACCUCAGUGAAAAUGAACCGAUUCAAGUUCAGUCAAAAUGUGGAGUCUGUAAGGAGGUGUUAAGAGAUCCGGUCAGUAUCACCCGUGGACACCGUUUUUGCCGACCUUGCAUCAGCCAUUAUUGGGACCACUCCAGUCAUUCUGGAGACUUUGGGUGUCCGAGACAUAGAAGACCUAAAACCCGACCCGUUCUAUACACUCGCGGAGACAUAGGAGCAUCCAGGUCCGCUCAGUGCUGUAUAGAACCAGCUGGAGACCUUCAGCAGGGCCCUUGCCGACCAGUGGAUGAUGUUCUGCAGAGAGUUAAAGACCAACACAAAACCAGCAUGAGGGACAAGUAUGGGAGUUUAUUUGAGGGAAUCAAACGGCAAGAAAAUCAAACACCCCUGAACAGAAUUUACACACCGCUGUACAUCAUAAAGGGAGAGAGUAAAGGAGUGAACGAUGAACACGAGGUUUUACAGAUGGAGAAAAGUUACAAGACACGUCAUAUCUCUCCGGUCAACUGCAAUGACGUCUUCAAACCUCUACCCGAAACUGACUGUGAGAGAAAUGAAAAGAUAAUGACGGUUCUUACCAAAGGCAUCGCCGGGAUUGGAAAAACCGUCUCUGUGCAGAAGUUCAUUCUGGAUUGGGCCGAGGGAACAGCCAAUCAGGAUGUUGAUUUCAUAUUUGUGCUUCCAUUCCGAGAGUUGAAUUUGGUUAGAGAUGAUCGGUACAGUCUUCACAGACUUCUGCUGGACUUUCAUCCUGAACUUCAAGAGCAGGCCUCAAAGAUUUAUGAUGAGUGUAAUGUUGUGUUCAUCUUUGAUGGUCUGGACGAAAGCAGAAUAACAGCGAUGUUUGCAGACAGUGAGAAAGUUUCUGAUGUGACUGAGACUUCGUCACUCAGUGUGUUGAUGUCAUGCCUGAUCAAUGGAGAUCUGCUUCCCUCUGCUCUCAUCUGGAUCACCUCCAGACCAGCGGCAGCCAAUCAGAUCCCUUCUAAAUACAUUGACCGUGUGACAGAAAUCCAGGGAUUCAAUGAUCCUCAAAAGAAGGAAUACUUCAGGAAGCGAAUCGGAGAUCAACGUGUGUUCAUAAGAAUCAUGUCACACAUUAGAAGAGCGAGGAGCCUCCACAUCAUAUGUCACAUACCGGUCUUCUGCUGGAUCUCGUCCACUGUGCUCCAGAAGAUCCUGACACAAGAACAGGGCGAAGAGAGUCCCAAAACUCUGACUGAAAUGUACAUCCACUUCCUGCUCAUUCAGAUCAAUAGGAGGAACCAGAAGUACGGCGAAAAAGAUGUGAGAGAUCCAGAGGAAGGUUUACAAUCCAACCGAGAAGUGAUUGUGAAACUGUCUGAACUGGCUUAUCAACAGCUGAUGAAAGGAAACGUCAUGUUCUAUGAGGAAGACCUGAGAGAGUGUGGCAUAGACAUCACUGAUGCCUCUGUGUAUUCUGGGAUGUGUACUGAGAUCUUUAAGGAGGAAUCUGUGAUUUAUGAGAGGAAACUUUACUGCUUCAUACACUUGAGCUUUCAAGGGUUUCUCGCUGCGUUUUAUGUUUUUUAUUGUUUUGCAAAAAGGACUUCCGAGGCUCUGAAAGUGUUUGAUUUACUUGCCAAUCUCCACAAGGGUGUGAUUGACGCCGCCCUUCAGAGCGAGAAUGGACAUCUGGAUCUCUUCCUGCGAUUUCUGCUGGGCAUCUCACUGGAGUCCAAUCAGAAUCUUUUAAAGGGUGUCCUGACACACACGGAGAACAGCGCAGAGAGCAUCCAGAAAAGCACCGCUUACAUCAAAGACAAAAUCAAAAACGAACGUUUUUCAGCCGGCAGAUCCGUCAACCUGUACCUCUGUCUGCUUGAACUGAACGAUCAGAGUCUGUCGACAGAGAUUGUGGAGUUUCUGAAAUCGGAGAAACACAGCGAGAAUAAACUCUCCGCUUCACAUUGCUCAACGAUAGCGUACAUGCUUCAGGUGUUAGAGAACGUGCUGGAGGAGCUGGACCUUAUGAAAUACGACACAUCACAGGAAGGGAGAUUGAGGCUUUUACCAGCUGUGACGAACUGCAGAAAAGCUCUUCUUGCAGGCUGUGAUCUCAAUGCUCAGUGUUGUGAAAUUGUGGCUUCAGCUCUACAACCAUCAGAUUCUCCUCUGAGAGAGCUUGACUUGAGUAUCAAUGACCUUAAAGAUUCAGGAGUGAAGAUCAUCUCUGACGUUCUGAAGAGUCCAAAGUGUAGAUUAGAGAUACUGAGAUUGUCUGGCUGUAUGGUGACAGAGGAAGGAUGUUGUUAUCUGGCUUCAGCUCUGAGUUCAAACCCCUCACACAUGAUAGAACUGGACCUGAGCUAUAAUCCCCCCGGACCUUCAGGAGUUCAGCUGCUCCUUGAUAGACUCCAUGAUCCAAACUGCACACUAAACAAACUCAAUUUAGACCACGCAGGAAGUUCUAGGAUGAUACUAGGAUUACAAAAAUAUAACGUCCAUCUUACACUGGAUCCGAACACGGCAAACACUCGUCUCGUUCUGUGCGAGGAAAAGAGAACAGUGAUGUGUAUAGACGGGGAGCAGUCAUAUCCUGAUCAUCCGGACAGAUUUGAUCACUUUGAGCAGGUUAUGUGUAAAGAGCGUCUGUCAGGACGCUGUUACUGGGAAACGGAAUGGACUGGAGGGGCUUGUAUAGCGGUGACGUAUAAAGGAAUAAAAAAGAAAGGAGGAUGCGAUUGUAAAUUCGGAUGGAAUGACAAGUCUUGGAGUCUUUUUGGUACUGUUGACCGAUUCCAGGCUUGGCAUAAUAGUAGAUCCACAGACAUAGAUGUCCAGUCAGCCCAGAUAAACAGAGUUGGAGUGUAUCUGGACGAGCCGGCCGGCAUUCUGUCCUACUACAGUGUCUCUGACUCGCACACACUCGCACACCUACACACGUUCCACACCACGUUCCUUGAGCCCCUCUAUGCUGGCUUGCCAGUUUAUGCUUCCAUGUCUUUGUCAUGUUAAAAACAGCCUUUAUUAAUAACAACAGAGAUGUCACUUCCUUUCAAUUUUAAAAACAUACUUCAUAAUAACAUUACUGGUGUGUCUCUUGAGACUAAACAAUCACACUGAUAAACUGUAUUUUAAGAUGUGUCAGUGCAAGUUGUUUUCAAUCAAGACACAUUUAAAUUGGUCUGGCACUAGGUUUAAAGGGUUACUUUUCCCAAAAUGGAAAAUUCAGUCAUCAUUUACCAGAUUUUGCACCCCUGUUGACUACCAUAGUGGGAAAAAUAUAUAUAUAUUUUUCUGAAGACGUAGGACAGCAAACUGUUCUGGGGCACUUUUGACUCCCAUUGAAUUUUUAUCCUAAUAUGGUAGUCAACAGUGGGUGUAGUCAAAUCUGUGUGGUUAUAAGCAUUCUUUCAAAUAUCUUUCUCUGUGUUUAUCAGAACAAAGACAUUUAUACAGGUUUGGAUCAACUCGAAGGUGAGUAAAUGAUGACAGAAUUUACAUCUUUGGGUGAAGUAUCACUUUAAGGCCUAUCCGGGUGGUCUUUGUUUAUUUAUUUAUUUAUUUAUUUUUAUUUAUUUAUUUAUUUAUUUAUUUAUAUAGCGCUUUUCACAAUGUGUAUUGUUUCAAAGCAGCUUUACAGAGGCAAACAGGAAAAACAGAAAAGUUAAAACACAGCACAGUGCAUGGUAUUUAUACAACGAGUAAGUUCAUUCUAAUAAAUAACAUCUAAUUUCUAAAUAAAUAAAUGAAUGAA